AUCCACAAAGAGUGAACAAGAAACGCAGAACCCACGAACAAAAUACGAGAAAAAGAAAAAGAGGAGAAAUAAAAACGGGAACAAGAAGGGGGGGAGGUUGAGAAAUAUGUUGAUGGAAGCAGCAAGCGCUGCGAGCUCGGUGUUCCUCUACCCGCAACCAGCGAUCUUCCGGCGGUUACACUCACUGGGCGGUAACCGCUCCGCAAAAACCCUGCUGAGAAGAGUCCCGCACCUAUCGAGGCUCUCGUCCACCGCCCGCGCCGCUGAUUCGACGCAGCACGCCCCGCCCGUCGCCGCGUCCUCAUCGAAGACCGUCGUCCCCGAUAACGACUUCUCGUUGGCAAAGGUCUCUUUUGGUGUUAUUGGAUUAGCAGUCGGCGGUACACUUCUUUCAUAUGGGUUUGGUGCUUACUUCACUAUUCUCCCCGGAUCCGAGUGGUCUGCUUUGAUGUUGACGUAUGGAUUUCCUCUUGCAAUCAUUGGUAUGGCCCUGCAGUAUGCCGAGCUGAAACCGGUUCCAUGCAUAACCUACUCUGAUGCAGAGACCUUGAGAGAAACAUGUGCUACUCCUAUUCUUAAACAGGUGAGGAGUGAUGUCAUAAGAUAUCGUUAUGGAGAUGAACAGCACUUGGAUGAGGCACUGAAACGAAUCUUCCAGUAUGGCCAGGGUGGUGGUAUUCCACGACGUAGUGCACCAAUAUUACAAAUGAUCCGGGAAGAAGUCACUGAAGACGGGAAAUACUGUUUAGUCCUUGUUUUUGAAGCGAAACUCUUGCAACUGUCUGAUUUUGAGAAAAGACAGGCAAAAUUUACAUCAUUCUUUGGACCAGGGAUCACUGCUGAAAUUGGGACAGGGGAGAAUCCAGAUCUAUACGAAGUUCGCCUCAUUUCUGAAAUGAGUACACAAUCAAGUUAAUAAGAGUAGCUUUCUUCCGUGCCACUUCAAUACCGUCCAGCCUUCUUUUCUUUCCUUUUUAGGUGGCUAUCCUAUCUAUAAUUGUAUUAUUUGUUAAUAGUUACUGAAUUUUAUUUACAGUUUCUGAUCUCAGCUGGAAACCAAGCUGAUAGCCAUGUCAAUGUUUCCCGAUUUUUGUUUGUCCAUCUUUAUUAAUUCGAAAAUGCUUUUUGGCUCGCACUUUAACGUGCGAGCCAACUCGCUCAAAGACAAAGGGGUGGGACCCACUGUGCUAGUGGGGCCCACCCCACAGUGGGUCCCACCCCUGUUUCUGUGUGAGUUGGCUCGCGUGUUAAAGCGCGAGCCAAAUAGCAGCGUUGUUAUUAAUUA